AUAAGAACGAAGCCGUGACUCACUAUGUGAUGCAUUUGUGUCCACUGAAGUGCGUGAACUGCAACCGACUGUUCGCCACAUACGACCAGUUCCUGCGAUCCCACGACUGCGGACGCCCCAAGACUCCUCAAUACAUUGAGUGGUCGCGACAUUAUAGCGACACAAUCGUCUGGAUCAACCGAUUCCUCGAUUUCCAGUUGUCUCAAGACAUUCAUUUGUUUGCGUCGAUCACUCACUCCGAUAAGAGUUGUAUUGUUUGCCAAAAAGCGCAACAAUUGACGCCUGACUUCCCGAUCAACCGUCAGCUCAUGCAGUCGUUGCCCAUCGAGACACACAUCGAGAAGCACUUGAAAUACGAGACACAAUAUCAGUGUUUGAUUUGUUCGCUAAAUAAAGACAAAUAUUUCUAUUGUAAGACAUCAGCACAAGCGGAUCAGCACGUGUUAGAGGAGCACAAGGAAUACCGGUGCGAGACUAAU